GGCGGCGCGCCGCGCGGCCGAGCUGCCCGACAUGUCUGCGCUCCGGAGACGGGUGUUUGUUGAAAAAGUGCUGAAGAAACUUUUUCCUAAUGUUUCAAGUAGCCAAGUAAAGGGGACACCUGGGACUCUGACCUCAGAAACACCACUGGAGAAAGUGACCUCUGAGACAGUGAAGUCCAAGCAUGGUCAUCAUUUGACAGAUGGCAGAGACGUUAGGAUCCAGCCACGCCGCCUCUACACUGUGAGUCCGCCCCCGGAGGGCUAUGUGCCCUGCUUGCCAGAGCCUGCGAGCUGUGCUGAGUCUGAGAAGGCCUCCAGUGCUGGUGACACAGAAGCAGAUCAGGAGCCCCAUGAUCAACCAAAGAAAAGAAUUAGAAAGCAUAAACUGAAGAGAAAAUUCAAAAAUUCCAAUAAUCAUGUAGAACAAGCAGAAUUAGAGCAACAGCGGAGCCUUUUACAAGCAGAAUUACCACAGCAUACAGAUGGACCCACAAUAAGCAAAAAUAAGAAAAGGAAGCUGAAAAAGAAACAGCAGAUUAGAAGGAAGAGAGCCGCCGGCUUAGUGACCAAGGCCUCCAGUGUGAGCUUCACAUACCAGCCUGAGGAGACUGGCAGUGAACAGGAAGACAUCUCCUGGCCUGCUGGAGGUGGGGCCGCCAGUGCCACGGAGGAGGCUGCAGAAGGCACCAGUGCAGAGGCUGACACAGCCCCCAGCCAGGAAGACAUGGAGACCACCAACCGGAAGGCCGAGGGCAUUCUGAAAUUUCUGCAGUCAACUCGGGAAAUGUAUUUCUAUGAUGGUGUCUCCAAAGACACGGAUUCAGCUGUCCGUGUGGAAGCUGCUGAAGAGCUGUUCCGCUGUCUUGAGUCUCGCCACAUGACCCCCUCGGAUGUGCUCAUUCUGGACCAUAUGAAAACGCUGCUCCUUUUGCACGACACAGCAAGGCUGCGGCGGGCCCUGGAGCUGCUCCCGGAGCACUGCACCAUGCCUCGCAACCAUGCCAGAGUAAUCUCUGCUUUCUUUAAUUACUGGAUUACACAUGUCCUUCCUGAGAAAAAUAGUGAAUAAAACCAGUAUGUCACUUUAAGAAGAAUUAAUAUUUACAAAAACAAAUGUAAAUGGCAAAGUUGGCUGAGAGUUCAUUCUUAUGUACAAAGAAGAUUAAAUUCCUAAUAUUUUAUUUGUAACUCAAAUCCUGGGGACUUUGAAGACAUUUCUACCAUAUGAUUUAUUCCUGGGUAAGAUUAUGAGACUUUAAACAUCAGAGACUUUAAAUGAGAAAUGGGAUAUAAUUGAAAAUUUCACCUGUUUGCAAUUACAUGUCUUGAAUUACUACAUAAAACUUGUUUUUCUGAUUCCUCUAAAGCGUUGAAAAGGGGCACUGUAUUAAACAUAGAGUUGUGUUUCAGUUACUUUUUUCAAAAUAUACACCACCUAAAACUUAAGGAGGUGCUUAUUUUAGCUCAUGUGUCAGUCCCUUAUCAGCCAUUGCCAACAAAGGAACAGAGUGGCAGAGGGCUUGGCAGAGGAGUAGCUGCCAACCUCAUGGCAGCCAGAAAGCAAAGAGAAAGAGGAGCAGGAAGAGAGAGAGUCUUCCGUCGGUGCCGUGCCACACUCUUCCCGCCAGACACCACCUGACGGCAUCGGGUCACCUUCCUCCAGUCGCACUUACAAGCACGUCAGACUUUGGAGGACGGCUGGACAUAAGUGACAACAACAGUUUAAAGUUGCUGUUCCUUUUUAAUCAAGUUUUAAGUCAUCUUGUACCUGAAAAUCUUUGCUUUCAGGGUGCCUUAGGUAUAUUAAAAACCUCAAGUUAAAGUAGUUUGAAUAAAACUGAUUUUGUUCUUUUUUUUCUAAGUUGAAA